AGUUCCUCCUACAUAAAUCCCCCAAUCCUCCUUCCACAAACCCUACCCUACCAGAUCCUCCUCCUCCCGAUGGACGCCGCCAGCCCAUCCAAGAAGGCCAAGACGAUGGCGGCGCCGGCGGGUUCCAUCGCUGGGACGCCGCAGAAACUCAAGAAGGCGGGCUUAUUUGCCGACCAGAUCUCGACGCCGGAGAAGCCAGCGCAGAAGGUUGUGGCGCCGGCGGCGGAGGAUCUGACCUGGACGCCAGAAAAGGUGGAGUCGACGCGGAGGGCGCGCAACGGCACCGUGGCGUUGUCCGUGAAGGAAGUCCGGCGGGCCGCGCUCGGGCUGCGGCGGGCGGAAAAGGGCCCUGCGGAGGCCGCCCAGGAGGACCCGCUCGAGUCCGUCGAGCGGGAGCUCGGCGUGGGCGCCGGCGCGGGCCGGAGCCCCGUCAAGCGCAAGCCCGAGGUCAAGCUCCCGGAAAGCUAUGAGAUGCUCUGCGAGUUCUUCAAUUGCUUUGAGAGCUCCACCCGACUUCUCCGCAUGAAGGGAUCCAAGGCAACCUUCCCCAACAUCUGCGCUAGCAUUCAGAAUUUAUCCGAGCGGAGGUUUACCUACGGCAACCUGGCGCAGCUCAAGUACAUAAUGCCCGAGGCUAUUGUCAUCAACAAGAUACUCCUGCGUGAUGAGAAGACUUGCUGUAUGAAGCCUGAUCUUCAGGUGAACCUCCUGGUUGAUGCAAUUGAGGGCUGUGCGACGCAAAAGGGUGAAACUCAGUACUCAGCCUUGAGAAGGAUCUUCAGGCAGAGGCUUGUGGAUUUCUUCAGGAGCCAUCCUGAGGGAGAUGACAUUCCAGAGCAUGAGCUGCCGCAUCCGUUUACUCGGACAAAAUCAAGUGUGGCUCAGUUCUCACCAAGAGUUCCUCAAGUUGCACCUGCUGUGCCAUCACCGUGUCUCGCCGAACAGCAGCCUGUUAUGAUGUCUCACAUGUCACAUUCCUUCAAGAGAAGGUUUUCACAGAGAUCUUCAACCUGUCCUGCAACUGCUAGUGGAACCAGUCCAGUGGCAAAGGUUGAGCCAACAACUACCCAAUCUCCAUUGAGCAGGAAGUCGCUACUCAGUUCUGAUUCUGGUGGCAUAGAUCAUGAAGCCCAAGUGCAAGAAAAAGGUGGCAAUGAUGUUGCACUAAAGUUUGGUGUUUCAGAAGGGACUCCUGCUAAGUUUGCUUCUACACCAGUGAGAUUAAUGGCAGCCACACCGGGCCUUCACACACCAAAGCGCCCAAUCUCUGCUACUGUGUGCGACACACCACCCCUGACGAUGGCCAAGCGUUCAGCCAGGGCAAAAUUGUUCAUGACCCCUACAAAGAAUGCAAGUAGUAUGGAGGAAAAGAACCAAAGUACGAGCACGUCUGCCAUUGAUGAUGAUGACGAGUUACUCAGUUUCCUUCCCAAGUCUCUCUUGCAGUCGGUCAAGGAGAAGGAGAAGAGGGCCUUAGAGGAGAAGGAAACAGGCUUUGCCGGCCAGGUUCAAAGGCAAAAGCUUAUAGCAUCCCUGCCCAGUACCUUCGACAUCAUCUUCCUUAUCUAUCAGUCAAAGCAGCGUUCUGUAAUGACAAAGCAGGAACUCAUCCACAAGAUAACUGCAAGUAACCCGAAGAUAGUGGACAGGGGCGAGGUCGAAGAGCAAUUGAGAUUGUUGCAAGAGUUUGUUCCAGAGUGGAUCUCUGAGAAGACCGCACGAACUGGAGAUGUUCUAUGCUGCGUCGAUACAGCACUGAGCCAGGCAGAGAUUCGACAAAGGCUGUAUGGUGCUGAGUAGGGUGGAGCACAAAUUCAGAGCACCUUGUUUAGGAUGUAGGAGUACCAUACGUGAAGUUUGUGCCUAGAGACUAGAAGGUACAGAGUAUCAAGAUACCAUUGUCCAUCAGACGGAUGCAGCUUCACUUCUGUUCAAGUUCAGACAGAAUCCUCACUAAAUGAAUGAAUGACAUGUAUAGCUGAACUAUUCUAACCAACUGAUGAUGUUGUCUUCUUCUUUCAUAAUGUUUAAAUCCAUUGUCUGUUAUGUACUCAUUGGAAUGAAUUAUAUGAAUGAAUGACAUGUACUCAUUUAAAUCCA